GUUUAUUUUAAGGCCAAAUCCAAGUACUCACCUGCACUGCUCAAGUACAGACUUCCUCUGUACCUGGUCUUCUUGGGCGUCAGUCUUCUCUUCCUGGUGGUUAAUCUUGUCUGUGCCCUGCUGGUCAAAAUGACCGCGGCCGACGUCAAGACCAUCGUCCUGGUGAGGGUCACCAUCAACGACAGCCUGUUCGUCCUCUGCGCCGUCUCGCUGUCCAUCUGCCUCUACAAGGUCGCCAAGAUGUCGCUGGCCAACAUCUACCUGGAGUCGAAGGGGACGUCGGUGUGUCAGGUGACUCUGAUUGGCAUCAUGGUGGUGCUGCUGUACGCAUCGCGGGCCUGUUACAACCUCGUGGUCCUUGCCCUCACCGACAUCGAGACCAUCAACUCCUUCGACUACGACUGGUACAACGUCUCGGACCAGGCGGACUUGCGGUCGUCGCUGGGAGACGCCGGUUACAUCGUGUUCGGGGUGAUUCUGUUCGUCUGGGAGCUGCUGCCCACCUCGCUGGUCGUCUUCUUCUUCAGGGUCCGACGGCCGCCUCAGGAAAGGAGCACUGCCGGGAUACCGAACCACGUUCUCUCCUCCAGAGGAUAUUUCUUCGACAACCCUCGUCGGUACGACAGUGACGAUGACCUGGCGUGGAGCAUUCCUCCCCAGAAUGCAUCAGCAAGUCUUUCCUCUGACUGCUACGACUGGGGCAGCCGCCACAGCAGCUUCACUGUGCACACCAACAGCGACGAACAGCGCCUGACCGCCGCCGCCACCGGAGAGCUCCACCCUUACCCAUAAUUCCUCUGUAACUGUACAGCAUCACUCUGCACUUUGACACCGAUCAGUUAUUGUGUUUAUUAUCACUGAUGUACCAGUUUGUAGAGAAUUUAUAAAAAAAAUACCAGAAGGUCCAGCAGGGUUCCCACACGGGUCGUAUUCAUGUUAACACUGUAGCGCCCCCCUCAGGCCACUGCAGCACAGAGCAGCUCAUCAGGAUCUGAUUCGCUGAUGGAGGCCUUGAAAUUUGGAGAAAUCCAGGCUCCAAAUAUUCAAGUUUUGCACAAAUUGAAUGAAUUUUACAAAUUAGUUUUGACCGGGUCCGACUGCUGCAGCGCCACCUACGGGUCAGAGGGUCGAUUCCUGCAUUUGUUCUAUGAAUAUGAAUGAAAAUGAGUUUAAAAGGUCCAGUUUUUAACAUAAGAGGAUAAAAAUGUGUGAACACAUUCAUGCGUCAGUGUCAGUGGAUCCAGACUGUGGAGGAGCCCUGCUUCAGAGAAAGGCUGUGUUGUUUAGAGUCUGUAGACAAUGUUGUGAUGAAUGUUUCUUGAUCAUUUGGGUUUGAGUUUUUCAUCGAGUAUUAACUCGGGCACAAUUCUUCAUUUCAUUUCAGACAUUUAUUCCCGCCUCAUUCUGCAA